AUGAAGUUUUGCCCCAUCCACAUGCUUUCUGUAAGAAUCAUACAAGCUAAGAACAUCAAGUCAAGAGACCUGUUAACUGCAUCAGACUGCUAUGUGCGCUUGUGGCUGCCAUCUGCUUCAAAUGGAAAAUUUCAGACCAAAACCAUCAAGAAUUCUGACAACCCUGUCUGGAACGAGACCUUCUACUUUAGGAUCCAGAGAGAAGUUGAGAACAUUCUAGAAUUGGCAGUGUGUGAUGAAGAUCCACUCACCAAAGAUGACAUGCAGUUCACAGUUCUUUUUAAUGUUGCUAGAAUCAGACCUGGAGAGACACUCCGUGAGACAUUUGCUUUGAAAUCAGAGAAAGAGAGGUGCACUAAGAAAUGGGAAAGUUUGGAAGUGGAAUUCUGGAUGGAAAGAAUUCCUGGCCCUCCAGAGCACCUCAUUACCAAUGAUGUCCUAGUGUCCCGUGAGGUUUGCUGCUUGGAAGUGCAAGUGGACAUUAACGAAAGCAGGAAAUAUUUGAAAGAGGGUAAAAAUCUCGUGCUUACGGUGCCUGCAUCUCAUGAGGGAACACAGAAAACUACAGAGGACACAGAUACUUUCUACUUCCAUUGUGUGAAGUCUUGGGAGCCAGUUCUAAAAGUCAGGCUGCAGAAAGUUUCUGAUAAGGAAGAUGACAACAGCAAUUUAAGUGACACCUUAACAGUACCACUGAAAUUUCUUCCUGUUGGACAUAAAGUGAAAGUAACCCUGCCUGUAAGACAUAAUGUGCCACUGCAGUUGUACCUCCAACUCAAUGAUUGCACAGAAAAACUAGAUGUGCGCUUAGGGUAUGAUCUGUGCCAAGAAGAGCAAGAAUUCUUACAAAAAAGGAAGAGAGUGGUUGCCAGUGCCCUGAAAAAGGUCCUUCAUCUGGAAAGAGAUCUACAUGGACAUGAGGUCCCAGUAAUAGCUGUUAUGGCAACAGGUGGAGGCCUCAGAGCAAUGUCAGCUAUGUUUGGCCACCUCUUAGCUCUUCAGAAGCUAAAUCUGUUGGACUGUGUUACCUAUCUUACUGGGGCUUCUGGCUCGACAUGGACCCUAGCAGACCUAUAUGAGCAUGCUGACUGGUCACAGAAGACUCUGGAGGGGCCACUUAAGGCAGUAAAAGAACAAGUGACGAAAUGCAAGCUCAACCUUAUGUCUAUAGAGCAUCUGAAGUAUUAUCACAAGGAACUUGCUGAAAGGGCAAAAGCAGGACAUGUGUCAUCUUUUACAACUCUGUGGUCACUUGUUCAGGAAAUGUUCUUACAUGAACGGCCAAGAAAGUACAAACUCACAGACCAGCGCAAAGCAUUGGAGCAUGGACAAAACCCAUUGCCUUUCUAUGCAGUCCUCAAUGUGAAAGAGGAAAAGUUCAGUACUUUCAAAUUUAGAGAGUGGGCAGAGUUCUCUCCUUACGAGGUGGCCAUACCAAAAUAUGGAGCCUCCAUUCGUUCAGAAUAUUUUGACAGUGAGUUCUUCAUGGGAAGGCGAGUGAAGAAGCUGCCAGAAUCUCGAAUCUGCUAUCUGGAAGGUCUUUGGACAAACAUCUUUACUAGGAAUUUGCUGGAUGGCUUGUACUGGUCCUCAAAUUCAAAUGAAUUCUGGGAACGAUGGGCCAAAGAUAUGGUAGAUAUAGAAAAACAUUCCCCUGAGGAUGAUGUCACUGUCAUCGAGCCUCCAUCUUGUUUGUCAGGGAAGUUGUAUGAAAUGUUUCAGGACAUUAUGACCAAGCGUCCACUACUGGGAAAGUCUCAUAACUUCCUGAGAGGCUUAGAAUUUCAUAAGGACUAUAUCCAUCAGAAAAAAUUUAUUGAAUGGAAAGACAGAAUUACUGACUCUUUCCCUAACAAUCUGACACCGCUGCAGAAAUAUCUUUGCUUGAUAGAUGUUGGCUAUUUCAUCAACACCAGUGGUGCAGCACUUUUCAAGCCAGAGAGGAAUGUAGAUGUCAUUAUCUCACUUGAUUAUGGUUUGGGGAAUGUGUUCAAGCAAUUAGAGAUGACAUACAAAUAUUGCAAGAUACAAAAAAUCCCAUUCCCCAAAGUGGAGCUAAGUAAAGAAGAAGAGAAGAACCCAAAGGAAUGUUACGUGUUUUCGGAUGCAGAGGACCCCAGAGCACCCAUAGUAAUCCAUUUCCCCCUGGUGAAUGACACCUUUAAGGAAUUCAAGGAGCCUGGGGUAAAGCGCUGUCUCUCAGAGAUGGAAGAAGGCAAAGUAAAUCUGGAGAACAACUGCUCACCCUAUUACCUCAUUAGGCUAAUCUACUCCUCUGAAAAUUUUGACAAACUCGUGAAUCUGAGCAAAUACAACAUCCUCAAUAACAAAGACCUGCUCCUCCAGGCGAUCCGGAGUGCCGUAGAACGGAGGAGAAGCGGCAGGACUGGGAAUCUCCCCAGCCACUCUGGAUCUGGAUACCACUAG